UAGAUAAAUCAAAUCCAAUAAAGUUGGUUCUUGUUUUUCGAAGUGAAAUAAAAAAAAUCAAAUUCUACGAUGGCAUCUUUCGUUGGCAAGAAGUACAAGCUGGAGAAGUCCGAGAACUUCGACGAGUACAUGAAGGAGCUGGGCGUUGGUCUGGUCCUCCGCAAAAUGGGCAACAGCAUCAGCCCCACUGUGGAGGUGACCCUGGAGGGUGAUACGUACACCAUGACCACCACCUCGACGUUCAAGACCUCCGCCAUCAGCUUCAAGCUGGGCGAGGAGUUCGACGAGGAGACCCUCGAUGGCCGCCAGGUCAAGAGCAUCAUCACCCUCGACGGCAACAAGCUCACCCAGGAGCAGAAGGGCGACAAGCCCUCGACCAUUGUCCGUGAGUUCACCGACACCGAUCUGACCACCACCCUCACCAUCGGUGCCGUGAAGAGCGUGCGCGUCUACAAGGCCGUCUAGGAGCUGUCCCGACUGACUAUAUCUACAUCUACUCUACACAUAACCAUUAAAUUUCGCAUUAAAGCUCAUCUUGUUAUUGACUAACAGUUGACUACCCAAAACAUACACAGAACUGCACCGCUAAUCCUCAUGUUCAACUGUAAACUGUUAACUGUAUGCAGCACCACCCACUCGUACAUUCACAGCCAGUGUAUGACUCUUUCUGAAUGCAUUUUGAAUAAAAGCUGAAACCACUGCAAGCGCCGCAGUGCUUCAUAAAUCG